UGUUUACUUCCGGGUUGUCAGAGUCGAAAACAAGAGGGGCACCAACACGCCCACGACGCCGAGCAAAGCGGAUUAAAGUCCCGCAGAGAUGGCAGGGGAGUCCGAGGACGAGAUACCAGAAUCAGGAGCAGUUUUCACUUUUGGAAAGAGCAAAUUUGCCGACAACGCCCCCAGUAAAUUCUGGCUUAAAAAUGACGUCCCCUUAAAGAUAGCCUGUGGGGACGAGCAUACCGCCUUAAUAACAGAAAAUGGGAAACUCUUCAUGUUUGGCAGCAACAACUGGGGCCAGCUCGGCCUGGGAUCCAAACUGACGGUGAACAAGCCUACUUGUGUCAAAGCUCUAAAGUCUGAGAAAGUUGAGUUUGUGGCCUGUGGGAGAAACCACACUCUCAUCUCCACAGCCCAGGGGAAGGUGUUGGCGUCGGGGGGGAACAGCGAGGGCCAGCUGGGGCUCGGGGACUGUGAGGAGAGAACGGCCUUCCAGAGGAUCGGCUUCUUCGAUUCACGUGGGCCAAUCAAAAUGCUCGCUGCCGGCUCAAACACCUCCGCCGCUCUCACAGAGAGCGGUCAACUGUUCAUGUGGGGCGACAACACGGAGGGUCAGAUCGGUUUGGGGAAGGAGAGCCACGCCGCGUCGCCACAGGAAGUCAGCGUGGGCCGACCAAUCAGCUGGGUGUCCUGUGGAUACUACCACUCUGCCUUAGUCACAGUUGACGGCGCUCUGUACACAUUUGGGGAGAGCGACAGCGGGAAGCUGGGCCUGGGCACCGACCAGCUGCCGCGGCACCGGGUCCCGCAGCGCGUGAAGGGCGUCAAGGAGCCGGUGACACAGGUGGCCUGCGGAGGGGGACACACGGUGGCACUCACAGAGGACGACGUGUUCACGUUCGGCCUCGGCCAGUUCGGACAGCUCGGUCACGGGACGUUCGUCUUCCAGUCGCCGCUGCCGCAGCCGGUCCAACACUUCAAGAAGGGACGAGUGCGUCAGGUGGCCUGCGGAGAAAACAACACUGCUGUCAUCACAGACAGCGGUUUGCUAUACACAUUUGGAGACGGCAGACACGGGAAACUGGGCCUGGGAGAAGAAAACUUCACCAACCAGUUCAAACCAACUCUGUGUCCGCGCUUCCUCAAGUACAACGUUCAGGCAGCGACGUGCGGCGGCUGCCACAUGGUGGUGCUGGCCCGGCCCAGGGACCCGAGCUGCUCUGAUGUGUCUCUGGAGGAAGGCGACGCGACGGAGGAUUACCUGGAGAAGCCGUAUGUGGAGCUGCUGGGGGACACGGCCAACUCCUCCACCCUGCAGAGGAGCAUCUCUGCCCGGGUCCGCAGGAGGGAGAGGGAGAGAUCUCCGGACCAGUUCGGCGCCAUGUUCCGCACGCUGCCCACCGUGCUGCCCGGCUACCUCCACCCGCCGCUGCCCGUCUCCGGCCAGACCAUCCCGCCCAGACUGCCUCCGCCCGAGCUGAGCCACAGAAAGCUGCUCAAUGGUCACCAACACAGGAGCGCAGGGGCAAAGCACCAGGAGCGGACAGGAGGCGAGGCUGACAGCGCUGUGGAGAGCCUGACGGACAGCGACAGCGUUAAAGGCCUGGGAGAAACCUCCGACUUCCUCAACAUGACACAUGUGAUAAAGAUGGACCCCGGGGAUAAAACACUCACUCUGGCUCCGGUUCACAAGAGGAAGGGUAAGCACGGUAAGACCACUAAAGUGCAGAAAGAGAGCCCAAUAAAGGAGAGGAAGUCUCGUGAGAGCAAGGCUGCCUCUCCCCGCCGGGCGCUUCCUCCCGAGGGCCUGAGGAGCCACAGCGCUCGCUCUCGGGCCUCUCGGAGCCCCCAGAGACACAAAACAACCAACCAGAACAAAGAGAAUCUGAUCAUGGCCAUGGAGGAGCUGCAGAGGAAACCCAGUAGAGACAAACCGAGUGUCGGGGACAUUAGGAAGGCGGCGUCCAAGCCGCGGCUCAGGCCAGCUCAGGGGAAAAGCCAACUGAUGGAGGUCGGCAGGAAGCUGGAACCAGACUGGAAACAAAGUCCUGACACCAGACAAACAGUUUCAGGCGUCGCCUCUGAACCUGCAGGGAAAGUUAAGCCGUCUAAACCUGUCCGUGUUCAGAGCAAACCCAUCGCCAUGCAGAGUCAGCAUGCAGGAGUUAGCUUCCGCACACACUCACCUGUGUCUCAGCUGGCCGAUGCUCUGGAUGAAGAGAGCUCCGGUAGCCCGCGACCGCUCGCACAGGUUAAACAAAAAUCUAAAUCUAAAGAGAGCACAGAUUUGUCUAAAAAGUCUAAGAAAGAAAAAAAAGAGGCUCAGUCAAAAAUAGAAACACCGAAAAAGGCGUCAAAGCUCGACCUGCUGGCUGGAGCGGCCUCUCUGGCAGCGGGGGCGGUGUUAAUGCAUGAGGUGGCGUCCAGAAGCUGUUUAAGCUCGCCGUCGCCAUCCCCAUCCAAGAGCAGCCGCGGCGUCCUGAAAGACAGCACGGCCCAAUCACAGAGCCAGGACUCUGAAUCCUACGCCGCUGAUUUCAGCAACAAAUCAGCUGUCAGCGUCAACAUCAUACCGGAGAGUCCUGAGGGCAGGACGAGUCAGAGAGAGGAGGGGAGGAGUCAGGGAGAGGAGGGGAGGAGUCAGGGAGAGGAGGGGAGGAGUCAGGGAGAGGAGGGGACGAGUCAGGGAGAGGAGGGGACGAGUCAGGAUAUAAGUGAGGAGGAGAGUAAGGACUCUGCGACGGUCAGACAGGAAGAAGCGGAUGAAGAUGAGGAAGGGCAGAGAACGAGCGCAGGAGUCAGCGAGGAGGAAGAGGAGGAUGAAGAAGAGGAAGGAGAAGCAGAGGAAGAGAGUUUUGAGGAAGAAGAGGAAAAAGAGAGUGAAGAAGAGGGAGCAGAGCAGGAGGAGGAAGAAGAGGAGGAGGAGGGAGAGGUUGAUAACAAAGAAGAGGAGGGUGAAGAAGAAGAAGAAGAGGAGGAAGAGGAGGAAGAGGUUGUGAAAAAGCCAGAGUCAGCUGCUGUCCAGAGAGUAGUAUCUGGCAGUAAAGGGAGGUCCGGGGUCAAAGGUCAGGCAGCGGACGAGUCGGAGGAGUUCUGGGACGACGUGUUGCCACGGUACCUCAACCUGAAAUAAGCCAAACAUCAAUUAGUUGAUUCUGUCUGUGAAGCAUCAG